UCGCACCUCAAAGAGCCACAACAUUCAGGAGCUCAUAAAAGAAGGCAGACGGGGUGAAUGAAACACUCUUCAGUCACAUAUCACAGAGUGGGUCUGAUCACGCCCGUGCACCGCAGCAGCAGCAACAGCCGUCCGCCGCGCGCAUCUGUCCGAGCAGGAGCAGACACACAGACCUGGCGAUGAUGGCGGACUGUGUUGGCUUUCAAGCGCAAAUCGCCUCGAUUAUAGAGAUACUGGCCAAUUCGGCAGUGGCGGAGAUCUGCAAACUGGUGGACGAUGGCUACGCGGCGCUGCGCUCUCAGAUGGACCAGGAGCGGGAGAAGAGCGAGAAGGAGAACGAUGCCCUGCGGCAGAAACUGCGAGAAAUCGACGUGAAGCUGCGGAGCUACGAGAGGAAGAUGAGGAGACGGAGUCAGCGGGAGGAAAUGCACGCCGUUCAUUUUAGGCCACCCGAAGGAGCUGACGAACAUCAGCCUGUGGUGCCACCUCUUCCUGUCGCCGCUGAAGACAAACCCUUCCAUCACAUUUCAAAGCAGGAGGAGACCAACAUGUUGCCUCUGGUGAAGCAGGAGAAAAUUGAGAGAGAUGACUGCAACCCGGACCUCAAGGUGGAGGUCACCAUCAGGGCAGAGUGUGGCCUGUCUACUGCCAUGGAGCCCAGUGAGGAACCCCCUCCCAGCGAUAUUGUUCUUGACACCAGUGUCACCAACAUCACCUCCUCCACCACUCAGACCUCCUCGUCCCCCACUGAUGCCACAAUGGACCUGACCUGCAGGCCUCGAGCGAAACGUAAAGCUACAAUGCCUCUUGGCAACAGUUUGACAGUCAGCAGUGGGGUGGUCACCACCCCUGAGGCUGCUCGCAGGGACCUUGGAGGGAGCCUAACGGAUGGUGCUCUGAAACCAGAGAUACAGACAGACAAUACUACAGAAGAUGAACUUCAUCCCUCUCAGCUGUCAGCCCCAGUAGCCUCAGAUGAGCCCAGUCCUGAACGUCUCAACAGUCUGGGCCUGGACUUGGCCUGGAUGCAGGAGAGAGUCAGCCAUCUUGGUGCAGCGUAUGCAGUAGCACAGCUGGGUUUAGGGAACACAGAAACUGGCCACCCCUCUGCCUCCUUCCCCACGCAGGGAGGAGGAGACAGUCUAGAUGGCCCUCCGACCAUGCUCUUCACAGGUGGUGCUCAUGAAAUGGCUGCUUUCGCUGCCUCCUUCGACAUGGCUGCUGCCGCAGCGGCUGCUGCUGCGGUCGUGGCUGCACCACCUCCACCACCUCCUCCACCCCCUCCCCCUACAGCACCUUCUGCCACCACGACCAGCCAGAGGCGGCCUUACAGGAGCAGCUCUGCUGCUGCUAAAGAGCCCGUGGUGUGCGCUGUGUGCGGGCGUGUCUUCCCCAGUGCAGCCGCCCUGGAGCUGCACCAACGGGUGCACACAGGGGAGAGGCCCUACACCUGCCCCCACUGUGGAAAGGGCUUUGCCCAGCCCAAUAACCUGCGGGUCCACCUCCUCAUCCACACUGGGGAGAGGCGCUAUCGAUGUACACUGUGUGGAAAGAGUUUCAUCUCAUCCAGCCACCUGAAGAGGCAUCGCACAGUCCACACGCAGGAGAAGCCUUACAGUUGCUCACGAUGUGGACAGUCCUUCAGUCAAAUGUGUAGCGUUCGCAGACACCGGCAGCAGUCCCAGUGUGGCCUGUAGACUGACUGCUGGAGGAGGUGGAUGACAUCUGGAAGUGAUCCUUGUACAGUCUGGGCUCUGAAGGAUGAAUGAUUGAAAUCCUUUACAUCCUUUACAUAUGAAUUCUAGCAUCUUAUGUAAGCACGAGAAAAAAAGCAAGGCUGUAUCCUGUGAUAUCAUGGCACGUACAGUUGAUAUUUGUCCUAGAUCAUAGCAGUGAUAUGUGAAUUCUGUUUUUGAGGCGGAAUUCCCCUAAGGCCCUUUCAACCUUUUCCCACUCAUUUUAAUCUGAGAGAGGAUCUCAGAGUGGACUGUCAAAGAGUGCCUGAGACAGUGUUGAUAACACUUAAUCCAUCAAUUGUCCAUUAAAUGGUCUUGUUUGUGUUUACAUAGCUAAUACACAUGGGCUGAUACCAGAGGAGAGGGUCCUGGAUUAUCCUGUAUCAUGACUGAUGGUGAUGGUACACAGUGUACCUGCACUGUCCACUGACCUCCAAGUGAAACAGGAUGAACAGACCCAUAUCUUGAGCACCUGACAGCUCUACAGUAUUUAUGUAAUGAGGUGACGUAUAAAAUUGACCUAAAAUACAUUUAAAAUUCAUUAGGCGUUUAGCACGUUAUUGACAAAUAACUAUUCUUGCCUUAUCCUUCUGUGAGUUCAAAAGCCAGACUCACAUUUCCAGACACUUCCAACUUUUGUUGUUUUUGCAGAACUGAUGGCACAACUAGAUUCAGUUUCUCACACUGCAUAGUGUUGAUAUUAAAGGAUGCUAAGAUGUCCUCAGUAGGUUUUUUGACUGGAGGCAGAUUGACUGAGGCAGAACCAACUCCAAAGCCGUCUUAGUGGCAUGUUGUAUUUUAUGUAGUCAACUAUGAAAUAAUGAACAGUAGAGAAUAUGAAAACAACAACAACAACGCACUGUGUCAGCUGUCCCUGCAUCCUUGGUCAAGGUACGUAAUUCAAACAAGCUAUUAUAAGCUGUUAUAGGGUAUAUGGUUGCCAUUCUACAUGUACGGUUACAAGUAAGCGAAUGCAGGCGAGUGUCCAUCACCUGCUGAGGCUAUAUUCGUGCUGAAUGUGGGCGGUCCUGGUUGUGACGUGCAUGGAAAGCUAGCUUGCUAUCAGUGUCUUCUCCACACAUACUUAUGUGCUAUUGUUUGAGGCUGUGACUUCGCAGAUCAAAAUUGAACUCAUGAACACGUGAAGAAGCUUUUUCAGUUCAGCUUCUUGGAUGAGAGGUGAAACGUCCUCAAGAAAUGCAAGCAAGUCCAGUUGCCUACGAUAUAGCACUUGAUUACCAUUAAUGCUCAUUUAUGCUCCCUUUACGUACGAAAAUGUAUACGUCUGUUUCAAACAAUGUUACCGUCACUGCCCACAUACUUCCAUGCGCCCUUUACGUUGGCAUGGAUGUUAACCAAUAUAUCCACCAGGGGGCAGCCCAGCGUCAAAAGUUUAUGACAACAACAAACUCAGAAACAAACAUGGCGACUGUGGAGGAGAUAUUGAUAAUGUACCUCUUGCAUAAAAGACAAAAAGAGAGGUAGCGUUGUAGGAGGCGGUGGUCGGUGAGGCUGUUAAAUACAUCGCGACUGGAGGACGGAGAAUUCUUUUCUCUAAUACUGCUGAUGAGAGAAAUUGAAUUGUUAUUUCUUCUUCGUGUCUCACUAGAGCUACGUAUCGGGUAGUGACAGCAACACUGCCCCCACGGUUCCCGGUGGUACUGCUUCGUUUGGCCCGUAUCCGUAAGCUUUAUGGAAACGUGCAGAAAUACUGACGAAAUGAACGCGGAGCACGGACGGAAGGCUCUGUCCGUAUCUGGAUCCGUAUUUAAAGUUGAGCAUAAAUGGGCCUUAACCUGGAUGAGUGAGACUCUUCACCGACAACCAAUUAGCAAUUAUUCGCCCCGUUUGCAUUGAAUUGAAGAUAGGCGAAUUUCAGCCUGUGUUAAUUUCACUCAUGUUUGACCACACCCUUAAGAACUGUCUUUACUGUCAGCUUGAGAUGUAUUGGUGACUUGCUUGCUAAUAAGAUACAACAUAAAAAAUAAGGCAGCUUUACUGCUUUAAUUUACUGUCAGGAAUUGUUUUUGAAGUUAAGACGAAGCUAGCUAGCAACAACUGCUUCCACCUGCCUCUAGUCUUUGUGCUAAGCUAGGCUGACCACAUCCUGGACCUGUCUCUUUACUGUCCGCUAAAAAAUGACCAUAUCAUCUUCUUUUCUGACUGUGGGUAAGACGACAACUAAGUACAUUCUGCAAAAAUGUCAUACUCUUCCUUUAAAGCACUUUAAAUGUUUGUAUAACUAUUCUUUAAGCCAUGGGCAGAAAUUGGAGGCAGUGCUGAUACACCAUUUGUCGCCUAUUUCUUGAUAUAUUUAUCGCACAUAGUCCACUCUGUUCCUCAUAUUGUUAAAGUAUCUUUAAUGAGUGGCCUCUCAAGGCAGCCUGGUGUUGAAUGGUAAAUGUUGGCAGUUGUUGAAUAAAUUGUGUAGUGCAGGCCUGCACCUUCUCCGGUAUGACCGUGUUCAUGAGUAUAUCAGUCCGACACAAUGGCCAGAAAAACUGUUGGCAUUGUACGUUACUGUAAACCACAGAUACGUUACAUGUGCACUUUAGGUUAUUUAGGUUGAUGAUACAUUGAAACUUAACAUUUAAUGACACUGCAGUUAACAUUUGGUUAGGUUUAGCCACAAAAACACUUAGUUAUGGUUAGGAAAAGAUCAUGUUUUGGCUUAAAUAACCUGGUUUGAGGGGCACAAUCUCGGCAGGGAAAGCAGUGAUUUCUCAAUAAAGUCUCGAACAGUGGUGUCUCGCCUAGGUGUCAUGCCAGUAUUAUCCCCUCCACCUCCAGAUGACAAAGUCAGCUUGUAAACUGAGCCUCUGUAGAAAUGCUGAUAGGACCUGUAUGAAAUGUACAAAUGUAAUGUAUUCAUGGAUUGCAGAAAUGUACAAUGCCAACAUUUUCUUCUGGUAACUGGACUGCUGUCACACUGAUUUUCAGUGUAUUUUAUUAUGUCCUCAUUUCUUAAAAUUAGAGGGGAACAUGUCAUAUGCUGUUAUCCAGACGUUUGACCUCAAGCUUUGUUUACAGAAUUGGGCAGAGACAACAGAAUAUUUCAUUUCUUAUUUUUUAGAUACACAGCCCAGUGGAUGCAGGCCUGCAGUGUUCCUUAACGUUUCACAGGUUGAACCCUGAGGUGUAACAGUCGUUUUAAUGUCAAUCAUUCUUUGUUCUCAAUUAAAAAUCAAAGAACAAAGGUCUGUAAAAAGGUGUAAAGUAAAAACAUAUAUAUCAGAGAGUCGUGUUUGUAUGUGUAGGUGUUUGGAUGUAAUUGGCACUAGCUGUAGGUUGCACAGCUAACAAAUAUUUUGCCUUUUAGUACUCUUUCAUGACAUGUUCCGGUGUUUAAAAAUGUAUGGGUAUCAUUAAACAUGAAAAAGGUUUGCAAUGAACUUGGCUGUGCUGUUGGCAUCAUUUCUGUAGUGUGAUCUCAUUUAUAAAAGGACUGCAACUUCUCUAUCCUCUAGACUCCUCUC